CCUGUAUCACCCUGGGGUUUGGUGGACUUUGAACAGAGGGUCUUUGCUCACCCAACCAGCAGGCCUAUUGUUGUUCAUUGCAGGUACGUUAUAAGAAUAAAGUGACCAUUCUGGAAAGAAAGCCUGUAUAAAAAGAUAAUGAAGUUAAAUAAUUCUCCAACUUAUCAGUUUUUAUAAAAAUCUCAUGACAACAUUUUCAUUUCUCAUAAAAUUUCGGUUAUCAACAAUUUACUUAAUCAACUUUCUAUACCAUGUUCAUGGAACAUAAGCAUUAUGCAAAAUCAGUUAGUGUUCUUCUUGAAUUGAAACAGUUUCUAAUAAAAAAUCAUAAUACUUUUAAAAAAAAUAUUGUUCAAUAUCAAAAUUAUAUUAACAUAAGGCUUAGGGUUUGUACUUGCCAUUCUUGUCAGUUAUAUAGGCAUUCUUCUUGAUAAAACAUGAAACAACGGAGUUUGAAAUGUCUCUUAUUCAGUGCUGGAGUUGGUCGUACAGGGACUUUCAUUGCACUUCGCAAUGUCUUGAGUGAAGCCGAGCAGACAGGACAUGUAGACUUCUUCAAAACUGUUGCCAAACUAAGGCAGGAUAGAAUCUUAAUGAUACAGACAAUGG